AUGCCGCUGCGUCCCUCUCUCCUCUGUAGCCUGCGCCCUGCGCCAAUUCCUCCAGCUUGCAGUGCUAGACUGCUCCGGUGCUCGGCGCCAGCUAUCGGUGUACAUGGACUACAAUCUCAACAACGAAGAGGGCGGCAUGAUGAGAUCGCCAAGAAGAAUCAUUAUGAGCGGCUGAAUUUGCGGCAUGACGCCACGCCGGCAGAAAUAAAAAAGUCCUUCUAUUCACUUUCAAAGACCCACCAUCCUGAUGCCAAUCGCUCAGAUCCAAACGCUUCAUCUACAUUUUCCCUAAUCUCCGAGUCAUACACAGUGUUGUCUGAUAAAUCGCGCCGCUCGGCCUACGAUCGUGAUGUCCUUCGUCUGCAACAUCACCCACCACAAACGGCCGCUCAGCGUGGUUCUUACCAUUCCCAUCAGGCUGGUGGACGCGCACCUUCAGGUCUAAGCCGCAGGAGAGGUACCUUUCGCGGCCCGCCACCUAGUUUCUACCGCAGCGGAGGCUGGGGAGACCAGGCGGACAAACGUCGCAAGGCGCAUGAAGAGAGCACUGGUGGUGGUGGUGGCGGAGGCGGCGGCGGCGGCGCAUCGUCGCAAGAACAUGGAGCAUCACACAGUCGUAACCAGAGUCCCUGGGGUGACCCUUUUAAACCUGAGGCUUCUGCUCAUGGAGGAAUGGGACCAGGCGACGACCCUUUUGGGCACCAGAACGAUGUCCCUCACUUUGACAAAGCAGGCCAUACGCGAACACAUCAACGGGAGGAUGAGCGGCGUAAAAGUCGAUGGCAGAAGCGAGCUAUGGGUGAUGACGAUGUCGAAUUCGAGCCGCAAACGUCCAUCACUGGACAUUUCAUCAUUGUAUCGGGCAUUCUGGCAACGACGUUAUUGGCCCCUCUCAUAUAUAUUCAGUUCAUGAGCAUUGGACAGCAGAAGAAGGAGAAAGUUUAG